GACAACCGGCCGAGAUGUGAUAGAUCGCCGCUUGGCUGGGGAGUUCGAGUCAGAGAAUCCAGCCAUCUACUUAGGAGGCAAGCAGGUAGACAGGGAAGACGGGUUCAAAAACGUGGAUAGAAUGGAUGGUGAUGAGUACGCUCAAAGAUAGGAAGAAAUCCAAGCCAAGAAGAAGAUCGACAGCGCAGCGUCAACGGGAGGCCCGCCGCCAAGCUUCACGGUGGCUGUGGCCGACUGAUAAGAAGAGCCGGAAAAAGGGGGAUGGGAUCAUUGGAGUCAAUCAAUUGAGUUUAUUUGUUUCAUGGUUUCAUGGUCGAAUCAUCCAGCAUCGCAUCUGGGCUUGAGUGUGUCUGUGCCGGUUGAACCAAAGUUAAGGGAAAGGGAAGAGCGGGAAAGUGAGGUUUAGAGCCGG